AUGUGCUACACCACACAUGAAGCUCAGAGAAGCAUGACGAAAAGUCGCCGAAAUGGUAUGUCCUCGAUUCACUAUAAGUUUCGAGCGACACUGGAAUAUAAAACGCUCCAGUUUGACGGGUUGCACAUAACGGGAGCAGAUCUGAAGAAGGAAAUCUGUUUAAAAGAAGGAAUCAAAGCAGAAGCAUUCGAUCUGUUGUUGCAG